UUGUAUGUAUUUAUGAGUUUAUUCUUUAUAGAUUUUUAUUAACGAAGUGACAUUUUUGUAUAUAUAUUCCUAUUUAACUUACUAAUAAAAUAAAUUUUAUUUAUUUAUUUCACCUUUAUACAUAAACAAUAUAACACAUUAUACGAUAGAUAAUUGGCACUUUAUAGUCGUAUACAAAAUGUCGGAGAUUAAAGACGAAGACUGCCUAUUGAAAUAUAUUCCAAAUGCAACAAUGAUAGCAAUUAGUUCCCUGGAUUCGUUUCCCAAUGUCAAACACUUUUUCGAAAUAGUAGUUAAAGACAAAGAAUUUGUAAGCAAACAUGUUGGAAGAUCAUUUCGUUAUGAUAAUGAUGUGGAAUAUAAUCGUUAUUAUUCAUACCAUGGCAUAUUUAUGGAUUAUUUUAUACAAAAACAUUUGUCAAAUCAAUUUAACAUUGAAAUAAUAAAUCAACGUACUGAACACAUUCUAGAGAAUCCCGAUGACUAUAUAAUUGGAAAAAAAUCAUAAAUUACGAGAUUCUAUUAAGGAAAAUUAUGAAAUAUAUAAAGACUCAAACACCAAGGCCAUGGAUAUUAUUGAAAGUAUAAAGAUUGUAGUACUUUCUCGUGUAAUAUUUUAUAGAGAACCUUUGCCAAAACGUGAAUACACAGUAAAUAAAGAUAAUUUACGUGAAAUUAUAAGAUAUUUGGAAGGUCUUCCCUAUAAGUCGGUAGAGCUGAAUCCAUCUCUGGGUUGUGAAUAUUUUAAUGGAGAUGCCAAACUAAUAUUUGAUAAUGAAGUAAUAUAUGAAAUCAAAACUUCCAAACAUAACUCACUUACACCUGAACAAAAGAAAUUACCUUUAAGUAAAUUUUAUCAACCCAUUAUCUAUGCUUUCGGUUUUUAUAAGAAAACUGGUAUUAAAAUAAGAAAAUUUAAAAUCUAUAAUCCGUUAUUGGGUGAUGAGUUUUCACUCGAUUUGGCUAAUAUUGAUUUUGAAUUAUUCGAAAAAGUUCUGAAACGCGAUGUUACUGUCUUCUGUCGUUUACAUGAAAUUCUGAAUGAGAAAAUGAUUUUGGAUUUAUCAUUAUUUUGUGAUGAUGUCCAACUACUAAACCAACUGGCUUAAGGAAAGUAAACAUAAGUACAUGUUAACUAAAAUACACUUUAAUAAGGAUAAGUAGGAUGGAUGACAUGAUCGCUUGCUGUUGGAUACUAAAUAGAAAUUGCGCGGGCUUUGCUCAUGGCAGAUAUCACCACUACCACCUAUGUCAGUAAUGAUUGGAUCGGCACAAAAAUUUCAUGGUAUACCAGAACCAGGUGAUCGGAACAAUCGCCCUUUAAUGGUUAAUGCCUGGUCACAAACUACAAGUGACGAUUUCUCAUAUAUAAAUGAAACUGAAAACCGCCGAAAACAAUCUGUAAGAGAAAAUGAAUUAGAGGAAAAAAUAAGAAUACUUGAGGAAAAUCUUAAAGCCCACACAGAUCUGUUAACACAAAUUCAUGCCACAUCUGCCAGAACAACCGCAUUAUUGUCACAACAGCCCUCAACAACGCAACAAUUCAAUAGCAAUGUUAGUAUUAAUAGUCCAAACAACACUAAUAUUAUCAGUGCAAAUAGGACACCACAAUUAAGUCCCAAAAUUGUGAAUGCUAUGAAUCCUAUACAACAAAUUAACUAUUCCCCUGCCGAAAGUGUUAAAUAUACAAUAAUAGCUGAAGGUGCUGGAAAUGAUAAUGGUGAACCUAUAGAAAUUCAAUUGGCCGAAGAUGAUGGAGCCUUAAAUUUAAAUAGUUCAGCUGAUUCAGGACGUUUAGAAAUUUGCUUGGCUUCGAAAGAUAAUAUAGAGAUUAAGACAGAGUAUAAUAAUGGAAAUAAUAUAAUACCCAUGCAACAGCAGGUGAAUGCUGUUGCAUCCACAUUGGACACAACUCCUAGUGAACAUCAUUUUAUAAAAAGGCCUAAAAUGGCGACAGAGCAACUUGAAGCGCUCAGCACUACAACGAAAUGUCUCAACAAUGAUGAAACAGUAACGACCUAUAACUGUGUGCCACCUAAACUACCCGUACAAAAACGUCACAGUAGUGGUAAUAGUUUACUUAAGACGUCUAAAGUACAAAUUAAUAAUGUACAAACUACUACACUCCUACAAAAUACUAUUCAUUCACCCCUAAAUAAUAGCGAUUCAUCAUUUAAUAGUGCAAAUGGCGAGACAAACAGCAUUGGCAUUGAUACGGACAAUGUAAUGGUUUCCAUAGGACCAAAUAACACCCGUAUACCAGCUAAACUUUACGAAAACAUGAAUUGGUCAUCGGCCUCGAUCGCAACAAGAAAACUCUUAAUGGCCAUAUUUGAUCGCAACGUCUUGGCAACACAUUCAAUGACAGGCAAACCUUCGCCGGCCUUUAAAGAUCAUGGUAAACCCGUCAAACAAAUGUUGGAUCCUCUGAUCGUAGCCGACAUAAUAUUUGCGGUAACACGCAAGUGUAAGGUUUCCGACAAGGAAGUACGCAAUGCCAUCACCACAAAAUGUGCCGAUGAAAAUAAAAUGAUGAAACUACAAAUAAAUAAACGGACACCAAUGAGAGAAAUUAAUAAAGAAAAUAUGAUGCGUUCAUAUAAUAAUCAUUAACUAGUUGUAUUUAAAUAAUAAAUUAAAUACCAAGAAUUUGUACCUUUUAUAAAUGUACUAUUUGUAAAUUUUUGUUAGUUAUUAAUUUAGAGUUGGAAAAUUAUUAUAAAAGUUUAUAAGUUUGUUUAUAAUGUAAAUAUGUAUAUAAAUAUACAUCUUGUACUUUUUUAUAAAGAAAAUAAUUACCUUUUUUUAAUUAUCAUUCCAAAGGAUCCCAUAUUUAUGUUUCUAGGUUUAGAAAAUUAAAAAAAGUUUCCCAAUAUUUUACAAAAAGUAACAAAAAAAAUUCAGUCUUAUAGAUUUUAAUUCCAUCAGGAUCAUACAGUGAAUCAACUAAGUUUUUUGCAUA